CCCGUUUUCCCGUGCAUACAAGCGUCGAACAGGUGCAAUGCAUCUUCGGGAUGCCUAAUCGCUGUUUUCAUGCAUCUGCAGUCCGACGAUGGGCAGGCUGGUCAUUCUCCGACGCUUCCUGCUAUACGUCUGGAUGCUAGGACCUGUAUGGCUCCGGCGACGCCUCGUAGACCUCAUACCCAAGACAUGGGCGAUCCCCCAAGUCGUCGAAAUUUUGGAGACAAUGGAUAGAAGAUACAGAGAGAUCCACGAAGCCAAGAAGGCUGCGCUCCAUCACGGAGACGCGGAAGCGGUCAAGCAAGUCGGAGAUGGAAAGGAUAUCAUGAGCAUUCUUAUGCGAGCGAACAUGUUCCAAUGAGGGCGAACGGCUGCCCGAGGCGGAAGUCCUUGCGCAGAUGUCACGCCAGAACCCUCGUCUUCGCCGCGAUGGAAACUACGUAGCGCACCUUGUGCCCCAUCCUCCAGCUUCUCGCGAAACACAAGGACGUACAAGGAAAAUUGCGGGAGGAGCUCCUGGGAGC